AAGGCAGUUGCUAUUGUUACCAUAAGAGCCAGCUCCGACUUCCUUUAAUUUCUUGCUUCAUAUCCACUAGCUACAUCUGUUACCAAGUUAAUUUCAGUCCUAAUGGGGUUUCAUCUCCCACUCAUCUUUGCUCUUCUCAGUCUAGCAGCAGUGGCACUGGCAAACCAUGCUGCUCAACCAGCACCUCAACUUUACUGGAACUCCGUCCUGCCAAACACACAGAUGCCAAGAUCUAUCAGUGAACUUCUGCAUCCUGACUCCACAAAUGAAGAAAAGAGCACAAAUGACGUUGGCAAACCUGAAACUUUCCCAUUGGGCAAUAAACAUUACUCCAGUCAAAAACAUUAUGGAAGAGGCAAACCUGAAACUUUCCCAUUGGGCAAUAAACAUUACUCCAGUCAAAGACAUUAUGGAAGAGGCAAACCUGAAACUUUCCCAUUGGGCAAUAAACAUUACUCCAGUCAAAGACAUUAUGGAAGAGGCAAACCUGAAACUUUCCCAUUGGGCAAUAAACAUUACUCCAGUCAAAAACAUUAUGGAAGAGGCAAACCUGAAACUUUCCCAUUGGGCAAUCAGCAUUACUCCAGUCAAAAAAAGUAUGGAAGAGGUGCUUCUCCAUCCGACAAUCAACCACCAAUUCCAUAGAAAUUCAAACACGGCUACUUUCUUGCCACGAGAAAGCGCUCAAUCGAUCCCCUUCUCCUCUAACAAACUACCAGAAAUUUUCAACCAUUUUUCAGUGAAGCCAACAUCUGAGGAAGCCAAAACAAUUAAGCAAACAAUCGAAGAGUGUGAAGCUCCAGACCUUAAGGGAGAGGAAAUAUAUUGCGCCACAUCUUUAGAAUCAAUGGUUGAUUUUAGCACUUCGAAGCUUGGAACAAGAAACGUUGAAGCAAUCUCGACGGAGGUAUUGGAAAAAGGAGCCACCAUGUCCAUCCAAAACUAUACAACAAUGCCGGGACUGAAGAAGUUGGCAGGUGACAAAGUCGUUGUGUGUCAUAAGCAGAACUAUCCCUAUGCUGUGUUUUUCUGCCAUGCAAUAAAACAUACAGCAGCUUAUGCUCUCUCCCUGAAAGGCGAUGAUGGGGAGAAGGUUAAAGCAGUAACCAUCUGCCAUCUAGACACAUCAGAAUGGGACCCAGAGCAUAUGUCCUUCAAAAUCGUCAACGUUAAGCCCGGAACCAUUCCCAUCUGCCAUUUCAUUUCCACUGAUGCUAUUGCCUGGGUUCCGAACCACAAAUCUGCAUGAUCAUCACUUAGCACUAGUACUGUGCGUAUAAUAUGCCUGUAUAAUUAUCUCCCUACUUAUUUCUGCCUGUUCAUCAUGUGGUGUAAGAUAUAUGUUGAGAUGAAGUUUUUGGGAUUAGUGGUCGAAAUUAACCCGAUCAUGUUUUCUCUUGUAACUAUAUAGACUUCAACUUGUACUCAUAAUAAAGCAUGCUAUAUUUAUGAAGAGAUAUUAAUCUUCAGGCAAA